GGAGUGUGAUAACUGAUAAGUGCCCUCUGCCUUUCAGCUUACUUUGAAGGGUAUCUUGAAACCGCCAAAACUGAAUCCAGUUGUCUGCAGCGCCAAAUAUCAGAACAAUGGCCGCUCUCCGACGCCGCGCCUAUCUCUUUCAUCUUAAUAUUCUCUUCCUCCUCUUCGCCACCGCCGCUCCCGCCGCGGACGACAGUGCAGAUUCAGGUACUACUCAGGAACUAGAGGCGAUGUGCGGUGUCCUAAGGUCCAGCGGCUACAAUCUCUUCUGCAAUGCCAUCGCCACUUCUGACCUCCAAGUCCAACUCGUUUCCACAGACGACGACGAUGCCGUCAACGCCACCGUUGACUCCACCUCCUCAAUAAUUGCCACCGCCGGCUCAUCCUUCACUCUGUUCGCUCCGAAGGACGCAUUUCUCUACGCCCUAGACAUGGCCUCCGAUGCGGCUGACUAUGUCGCCGCUCUCCGCUACCAUAUCGUUCCCAACCGCCUUCUCACCCUCUCCGACCUUCAUAACCUCUCAUCUCCCUUCCUAGAAACGCUUCUCCCUCACUACAGCAUCCUGAUCUACAGAACCGAUCACGCAUCCGUGACUGUAGAUGGAGUUACGCUCUCAGAUCCAGAUCUGUAUGUCGGUUCAAUCAUCGCCGUUCACGGACUCGACGGAAUUCUUAUGAACGGUUAUACUCAUCCGUACGAGGAAUGCAAUGGAGAGAACGGAACAGGUUUUAGUCCAUCUCAAGAUGAUUUUGACGCCCUUCAUACCUGCCGGAACUCACCGGCGUCAAUACUGACGCCUAUUGUAUCACCGCCUUUCCAGGCGGAGACUCCUGCGGUACUACCUCCUGUUCCGGCUAUAACACCGGCAUCGUCGCCUUCAGUGGCACCGCAUUUUCCUGCGGAAACACCGGCAGAGACGCCUACAGUAUUAAUGCCCGUUCCGGCGGGAACACCGUCCUCAACGCCUUCAGUAUCUCCACAUCUCCCGGCGGAAACACCGGCCAUGGCCCCUCCAGUAGAACCGCCUCUGGCAGAGGGAACACCGUCCAAGACGCCUACAGUAUUACUGCCCGUUCCGGCAACAACACCGGUCUCGACGCCUUCUGUAGCUCUGCAUCUCCCUGCGGAAACACCGAGCCUGGCGCCUCCAAUAGCAUCGCCUCUUCCAGUGGGACCACCGUCCCAGACCCUUUCAGAAUUAUCACCUCUGCCGCCGGCUAAAGCACCAGCCUCGACGCCUUCAGUUUCACCUUAUCUUCCGGCGGAAACACCGGCUCAAGCGCCACCAGUUUCACCGCCUCUCACGGUUGCAACACCAGGCCAGACGUCUACAUUUGCACCGUACCAUCCCGCGGCACCACCGGCUAAGACGUCUGAAUUUGCACCGCACCAUCCCGCAGCACAAACGGCUAAGACGUCUACAAUAGAACCACCUAUUCCAGCUGCAACAGUAGCACCGGCAAUUCCGGAGGUGAAAAGGGGAAAGGGGUCUAGAUAUGUGAGGCGCGGAAAUCACCAUUUCGUGGGAAUUAGAAGCAGUUGCCGGAAGUAUCACCGCCGCAAUAAUCACCCCAGGGAGGGCCAGGGAGAUGAUCUGUAGUAAUCUCAUCUUUUACAUUUUAAGAAACCAUUAAAACUGUGUUAGUGUUUUGCAGCUCAAACUCAAAAUCGCAAACUGUAGAAAUUAGAGAUUCAUAUAAGUAUGCUCUUAGAGUAUGUUUGAAGAAAAAUUACAGACUGCGCUGAUAAUAAAUCCGCCUAAACUUGACUUUAAUUGUGUAUGAAAACCACAAAUUCAUUUAUUUGAUGAAAUUUUCCUUCAAUUAUUACAUCAUGAUAUUAUGGAUCAAAAAUUCAGAUCUAUGGGGAAGCUGAAAGUGGAAGGUGGUAGGGAAGGGGUAGGAACGGUAGGCUGAGUAGUAAGACAACGCGAUGGAGGAGUAGGCGGUGGCCGGGCAGAUUCACCAUCACCAUCUUCAGCGGCGGUGGCGUCGCAAUACCCACGAAGAAUAUCAGACUCCUGAGAGGUGAGACCGAGGGAUCCAAGCAAGGAAUGGGACCAGCAAUGCUUUUGGAUGCUGCGAAUGGAAUGGCAACAGUCCUGGCCGAGGUAAGUCUCGCCAUUCAUGAAGAACAAUAUGACUUCGCCGGUGCAGGCGCGGAGGGCAAACAGAGACUCCCAGCAUUCCGAUGAACCCUGACCGGGAUUUUCUUCUUCCAGCAUCAGCCGCGCUCUAAGGUCCGCGGCGGCGGCUGUCACUGAGAGGGAUCGAGCUGAAAGAACAGUGGUAAGUGAAGCUGCUGCCAGAGACAUUAGUAAAAGAGCUUUGAGGGUGAGAGCGGUAUAAGAAAGUGAAGCAGUGGGUGCCAUUACUACUCUUUUACUUGUUUUACGUCUGAUGGAUUUUAAGGAAUGUCUGGAGAAGAGAGGGGCCUGAAGACGAUUUUAUACCUGUGGAGAAAUGGAGGGGAAGGCAAAGAGUUGCAUGCUGC